AUGAAGAUGAGUAGUGUUGUUGUAUGUACUAUCAAGUUAGUUGGAACAAUCUUUGUUGUGUUGCAGUUCGACCUUCUUUUCUCCAACUACUCUGGAGUUGUAGCUGUUGCGGCAAAACAUGUUGCUUGCAUACAGAAGGAGAGACAUGCUCUCCUUGAGUUGAAGGCAAGCUUUGUGUUGGAUGACUCUAACCUUUUGCAAUCUUGGGACAGUAAAAGUGAUGGUUGCUGUGCAUGGGAAGGAAUAGGUUGUAGCAAUCAAACUGGUCAUGUUGAAAUGCUUGAUCUAAACGGCGAUCAGGUUAUUCCUUUUAGAGGCAAGAUCAACAGAUCAGUGAUUGAUUUGCAGAAUUUAAAGUAUUUGAAUCUCAGUUUUAAUCGAAUGUCAAACGAUAAUUUUCCAGAAUUAUUUGGUUCACUAAGAAACUUGAGAUUCCUUGACCUCCAAAGUUCAUUUCGUGGCGGAAGAAUUCCAAAUGAUCUUGCACGUCUUUUGCACUUGCAAUAUCUUGAUCUUUCAUGGAAUGGCCUCAAGGGUACAAUCCCUCAUCAAUUUGGAAAUCUCUCUCAUUUGCAGCAUCUUGAUCUUAGUUCAAAUUAUGGCGUUGCUGGAACAAUCCCUCAUCAACUUGGAAAUCUCUCUCAUUUGCAUUACCUUGAUCUUAGUUCAAAUUUUCUUGUUGGAACCAUUCCUCAUCAACUUGGAAGCCUUUCAAAUUUACAGGAACUUCAUCUAGAAUACAAUGAAGGACUCAAAGUUCAAGACCAGAAUAAUCAUGCUGGAGGUGAGUGGCUUUCUAAUCUCACUCUUUUAACCCAUCUUGACUUGAGUGGCGUACCCAAUCUCAAAUCUUCUCAUAUGUGGAUGCAAAUGAUUGGUAAGCUUCCAAAAAUACAAGAAUUGAAGCUAUCUGGUUGUGAUCUUUCAGAUCUUUACCUUCGUUCUAUCUCCCGUUCACCAUUGAAUUUUUCCACUUCUCUUGCAAUCCUUGAUCUUUCAUCGAAUACCUUCUCAUCAUCUAAUAUAUUUGAGUGGGUGUUUAAUGCCACCACCAACUUAAUCGAGCUUGAUCUUUGCGAUAACUUCUUCGAAGUUACCAUUUCAUAUGAUUUUGGCAACACCAGAAACCAUCUUGAAAAGCUUGACUUGUCUGGUACUGACCUACAGGGUGGAACUAGUCUGGAAUCCUUUAGUGACAUAUGUAGCUUACAAUCAAUGCACCUUGAUUAUAGCAAUUUGAAUGAAGACAUUUCAACAAUUCUUCGCAAACUGUCUGGUUGUGCUAGAUACUCACUGCAAGAUUUAAGUUUACAUGACAACCAAAUUACUGGAACAUUUCCUGACCUUUCAAUAUUCCCAUCUCUAAAAACAAUCGACCUUUCAACUAAUAAGUUAAACGGGAAGGUGCCACAUGGAAUUCCAAAAUCAUCGGAGUCUUUGAUACCGGAAUCAAAUUCUAUAGAAGGUGGAAUUCCAGAAUCAUUUGGUAACUUGUGUCCAUUAAGGUCACUAGACCUAUCAAGUAACAAGUUGAAUGAAGAUCUUUCAGUUAUACUUCAUAAUAUAUCUUUUGGGUGUGCAAAGUACUCUCUGCAACAACUAAAUUUUGCUAGAAACAAAAUUACUGGCAUGGUACCUGACAUGUCAGGGUUCUCAUCUUUAGAAAGUUUGUUAUUAUCUGACAAUCUUUUAAAUGGGAACAUACUAAAAAAUUAUACAUUCCCCUAUCAAUUAGAAAGACUCUACUUGGAUUCCAAUAAAUUGGAAGGUGUCAUCACUGACUCUCAUUUUGGCAACAUGUCCAAGCUAAUGGAUGUAGACUUAAGUCACAAUUCAUUGGUUCUGAAAUUCAGUGAAGAUUGGGUGCCAUCUUUUCAAUUGUAUGGCAUGUUUUUAAGGUCUUGUAUUUUAGGGCCUAGAUUUCCAAAAUGGUUACAGAGUCAAAAACAUCUUCAAGUGUUAGACAUUUCUGAUGCAGGAAGCUCAGAUGUAGUUCCAGUGUGGUUUUGGACUCAAACAACAAAUCUGACAUCUAUGAAUGUUUCUUACAAUAACCUCACUGGCACAAUUCCAAAUUUGCCUAUAAGACUAAAUGAAUGUUGUCAAGUAAUUCUGGAUUCAAAUCAAUUUGAAGGUUCAAUUCCUUCAUUUUUUCGAAGAGCAGAAUUUCUACAGAUGUCCAAGAACAAGCUUUCAGAAACUCACUUGUUUUUAUGUUCGAAUAGUACAAUUGACAAACUGCGCAUAUUGGAUUUAUCAAUGAAUCAAUUAUCAAGGAAGCUUCAUGAUUGUUGGAGUCAUUUAAAAGCAUUGGAAUUUCUAGAUUUGAGUGACAAUACUUUGUGUGGUGAAGUUCCAUCCUCAAUGGGAUCAUUACUGGAAUUUAAGGUAUUGAUAUUGCGCAACAAUAGUUUCUAUGGGAAGCUGCCUGUCUCCUUGAAAAAUUGCAAAAACCCAAUCAUGCUAGAUCUAGGCGAUAAUAGAUUCACAGGACCAAUACCGAAAGGUGUGGAACGGCAAUUCAAGAAUAAUAAGCUCAUUUUGAGGAGUAUUGAUCUAUCAAGAAAUCAAUUGAUAGGAGACAUUCCAGAAGAAAUAGGAAACUUGAUAGAGUUGGUGUCAUUGAAUUUAUCAAGCAACAAGUUGACAGGAGAAAUUUCUUCGAAGAUUGGAAGGUUAACAUCACUUGAUUCUCUUGACUUGUCAAGAAACCAUUUAUCUGGUCCAAUUCCUCCUUCUCUAGCUCAAAUUGAUCGCGUGUCCAUGUUGAAUCUAGCGGAUAACAAUCUCUCUGGAAGAAUUCCAAUUGGCACGCAGUUACAGAGUUUCGAUGCUUCAAGUUAUCAAGGCAAUGUUGAUCUUUGUGGGAAACCACUUGAAAAAAUAUGUCCAGGAGAUGAAGAAGUUGCACAUCAUAAACCAGAAACACAUGAAGAAAGUAGUCAAGAAGAUAAAAAGCCAAUUUAUUUGAGCGUGACAUUGGGAUUUAUCACAGGAUUUUGGGGCCUAUGGGGAUCAUUGUUUCUUAGCCGUACUUGGAGACAUACAUAUGUCUUGUUUUUGAACUACAUAGUUGACACAGUGUUUUUGUUUGCCUUUGUUAUAUUUUUUGCUUCAAAUUUGAGUCUCACGCUUCAUGCAUCUAUAAUAAUGGCUUUUAUAGCACCUAUUGAUUCCGAGUCAGGUAUAUCAGAGGUGAAGGCUUACCUAAACAGUGUUGAUGUCCCUGGAGUAUUUAUUGUACCAACUAUGUUUGUUAAGUUUCCUUAUGAAAUGAGAAGUAGUAGUAUUGGUCCCUGCAUGAUCAAAAUCAUAACAGAGCUCUCGGAAGAAAGAACUCUGAUAUACUUUAUAAUUCUAGCCUUUCAGAAUAUAUGCAGUGACACAAAAAGGAAGACCUUUGCUUUGACUACCUUUCUGUUACUUUGUUACAAUACAGUCGCACAAACAAUGGAUAAAGAUCAAACUGCUCGUAUUUUGACUUCGCUAAGUUAG